AUGGAGAAGUUGGAGGAGGCCCGAGCUGCUGAGAGUCGUACCCAAGAGGAGCUGAUUAUGGAGAGGGCGAGGGCAAAGCGAGAGUCCCAGCGGGCGGAGCAGGAGAGUGCCCGUGCGGAGCAGGAGAGCGCUCGAGCCGAGAAGGAGAGCGCCCGGGCAGAGCGCGAAUUCAAAAGAGCGGAGCUGGAGAAGAAACGGGCGAGAGAGGAGAAGGCAACUCUGGCCCAGGCGAGAGAGGCACUUCGGAGGGAGCGUGGGAUUUCCCAGAGGCUUAGGAUAAAAAGAGAUAAGACUUGGAGAACUAUGAAGAAGGCGUUUUCCCGACUGUACUGUUUCUCCCGAGACAUAGUCAAUGAGAUGCAUCCCGGGGCCCCUCUUAGCGAGGCAGAUUUGAAAAGAAGAAUGGCUGAGCGAGUGGCCGCAGAGGCGGAAGCGGAGAGAGAGGCUAGAUAUGUUGUUGAUUCCCCCGAGUAUGUUGGAGGGGAGGACGACCAUACUGAAGACUCCCAAAUUUCCUUGGGCAUAAUGGAUGAUGUUGCGGUUGACGACUUGGAGAAUUUCAUUGGGAACUAUAUGUCCGACCUCCAUAUGCCCGAGAUCCCACUUUACUCGGGAACACCACCUGGUUUUAGUCACGCGGCCGGUCCGAGCUCCGCCUUGGGCCCUGACCCUCCGACGGGUGCUUGA